CGACGAAACAACGUUCCCGAGUCCAGACGCGCGACGAGCCCUAAGCCUCUUCGCCUUCCUCUCUGCCGCUGCUUCACCACUCCUCCGUGUCGGUGCCGUAGGCCGAGUACCUCCUCCCUCCGGACCACACAAUUCAAUGCUCAAGAAUGAGCCUUGCAGCAGAAUCUCCAUUGCAAUCGUCAAGUAGCAGUGAAGAUUUUGCUGCCUUACUCGAUGCGGAGUUGGAAUUAGCUUCUUCCGACACUUCUCCCAAUGAAGAGGAAGCCGAAAAUGAUGAUGAAAAUGAUUUGCAAGAGCCAAGGACUAAGAGACGCAAAGUUGAGGACUUUGAGAGUUUAGAAGAUCUUGAAACACCAACGACGGUUGAGACAAAUCAAGAACAUAUUGGUACAUCUGCUGUUGGAAAAAAUGAUAUAUGCCCUCCACAUCCUGGAUUCUUUAAAGGAUUAUGCAUGAGAUGUGGGCAGCUAGAAGAGGACGAUGGAUCAGGAGUUGCAUUUGGUUACAUUCAUAAAGAUUUAAAGCUAGGUACGAGGGAAAUUGAGAGACUUCGUGGUGCAGAUCAUAAAAAAUUAUUGCGUGAGAAAAAGUUGGUAUUGAUCUUAGAUUUGGACCAUACUCUACUCAACUCAACACGCCUUGCUGACAUCUCUUCCGAAGAAGAAUAUUUGUUAAGACAGGUUGAUUCCAUGAAAGAUGACCCAGACAGAAGCUUAUUUAAGUUGGACUCUAUGCAUAUGUUGACAAAAUUGAGGCCCUUUGUUCAUAACUUUCUGAAAGAAGCAAGUUCUUUCUUUGAGAUGUAUGUUUACACUAUGGCAGAGCGUUCUUAUGCAAUGGAAAUAGUCAAGCUUCUUGACCCUGGUAAAGUCUACUUUGAUUCAAAGGUAAUUACUCAAGCUGAUUGCACCCAGCGACAUCAGAAAGGCUUAGAUGUGGUACUAGGUGCAGAAAGCAUUGUGGUGAUUCUUGAUGACACCGAAGCUGUGUGGCAUAGACACAAAGAGAAUUUGAUUCAAAUGGAGAGAUACCAUUUCUUUGCUUCUAGUUGUCGGCAAUUUGGUUUUGGUGCCAAAUCUUUAUCGGAGUUGAUGAAAGAUGAAAGAGAGUCUGAUGGUGCACUUGCAACCGUCCUUAAUGUUCUAAAGCGGGCUCACCAAAUGUUUUUCGAUCCUGUCGUUGGUCCUGAUACGUCAAGAGAUGUAAGGCAGGUCCUCAAAGGCAUCAGACAUGAGAUAUUACAAGGAUGCAAAAUAGUAUUUAGUAGGGUCUUUCCAUCCAAGUCACCAGCUCAAGAUCAGCCAAUCUGGAAGAUGGCUGAACGAUUAGGUGCAACAUGCUGCGCAGAGGUGGACCCAUCCGUAACGCAUGUCGUUUCAAUGGACACAGGCACACAGAAGUCGCGUUGGGCUUUGCAGAAUGAGAAGUUUUUGGUCAGUCCAUACUGGAUCGAAGCAACAAACUUCUUAUGGCAACGUCAAAAGGAGGAUGAUUUCCCUAUUAGUAAUCUACGAAGUCGUAAUGCUUGACUUCUCUUCAAAUUCUGAAAAGCCUUAGGAUGGAUCUUCUAUCUGCCCAUGUAUUGAUGACCCAGAUAGUCAUGGACGAUCAAUCACUAUUCCUGUAACAAUCUUAUAUGCCAGCUGGAAUGCGAGGAUUGUUGAUUGUCAUACAAACAUGUAAAUUUUUCUCUCUUGCUUUCUUUGUUAGUCGAAGAAAAAGUUUAAAUUUCUUAAAA